AUGUUGGCUGAAGGCCGAGAGCGACACCAAAUCAGGCCAAACGACCGAGAAUUGGAGGAAAGUCAACCGGCGACGGCUACCAAUAUCCAGGAAGACAACGCCAACUAUUUUCAUAUUGGGUCCAAGAAAAUUGAGGUAAAACAUUUGAAAGUUUCAAACUUUCGAAAUUUAAAAAAAAAUUUUAAAUUUAAAAAAAAAAUUUUUUAGGUAACAAACUGGAAUUUUUUUAAAUUAUAGGGGUAAUAUUGCCAUUUUUGACAUUUUUUUCUUUUUUAAUGUUUUUUUUAAAUUUAAUUAAAAAUUUUUUUUAUUUUAAAAACUAAAAAAAUUUUUUUUUUAAUUCGAUUUUUUUUAAACUGCCAUUACUUUUCUGACCUUUUCCAGAAACGCAUCGCGUAUCAACUGGUUUUGGCGGUAAUAGCGACAUUGAUCAUCAUAGCACUGGCGACAGCCUUCUUUACGACAUUCCAUUGGUAA